UGACUACUUUGAACGUACUAUUCUAGUAAAUAGUAUGAUAUGGACAUGUUCAGUGUGUAAUCGUGGACCUUCAACUUAUAAAGAGGCAUUAGCUUGUGAACGUGCUGACUAUCGACAAUUAAGUGCUUUUGAUAAUGCUUUAGCUUCCGGACUACUGUGUAUAAUUGCAGGAGCACGAAGACAUAGACUGCCAGAACUUGUUGAAUUACUAUGUGGAUUUGCAGGCAGUCGAUUUUUUGUCGGUGAAGAAAUUGAAUUUCACGUUGCAGAUUCAAG